UUUACCUCGUCAUGGAUACGAUGUGCUGCUUCAAUGGGUGUGCGAUCUCGCCGCUGCCUGGCCACACCAAGUGCUCGGUCCACAAAAGCCGCGGUAUGUGCAGUGUCGAAACCUGUGCCAACCAAGUGUACGCCCGCGGGCUCUGCGUUCGCCAUGGUGGCCGUCAUCGCUGCUUUCAACCAGGCUGCACCACCUCGGCUCGUGUCGGCGGCUACUGCUCGCGCCACGGCGGCGUCAAAAUCAAGAAACAAUGCGCUGUCGACGGCUGUGGCAACAAGGUCAACCGCAACGGCCGCUGCGUCCGACACGGCGGGCGCCGCCAAUGCAAGGUAUCGGACUGCGUGACGCACGCCCGCAGCGGUGGCUACUGUAGCCGGCACGCCAAAGCGCUUGAUGGCGGCAAGACGAAGUGGUACACCGACGAUCUGUGGUCGCUCAACGACACCGAGUCGAUUGACGAGUUGCUCUACUCGGACUACGGCGACAUGCUUCUUUUGCUUCCGUCGACAUCAGACGAGAGCGCGUCGACGCGUGGCGACACCUGCCGAGGCGACGACAUCGAUGCGUCGAUUCUGGCGUGCUUGUUUCAGGACGACCGACACAGCCUCGUCACGCUGUAAGAAUUGACCAUAGACUAGACACUAAUCUUAUAUCUGCACAUUUCAUUCAUUUCUA